GGAGAGUUUGGGAAUCACUUAUGUAUGUAAUUCAAAGAGAUGUAACACUUCCUUUGCAGAAGUGGUAAGGGCCUGGUUCACAUGAAUCCAUACACCAGUAACUCUCUCGUGUUUGGUGCUUUAACUUUUCUUUAAAUAUAUAUAUAUAUAAGAAGGAUCGAGUUGGAUUAGCGUCGCUUUACCAACGGGAUAGCCUGAAGCAUUGAACUUGUAGGACUACAUUUCCCAUCAGGCGGUAAGAAGAGCAGAAAAGGUGGGAGGGGAAUAUAAAGAGAGCUAUACCUGUUCGUGCAGGGCCAGGUCAUUUGGGGCUCAAGGAGAUCAUGGCUUUUGCCAACUCUGAGAUGGAUGAGGCCUUUGACUACUUGUUCAAGAUCAUUCUGAUCGGAGACUCUAACGUGGGGAAGACGUCCGUGGUCCAUCGCUUCAAGUCUGGGCAGUACCAUGCAAAGCAGCAGAACACUAUUGGGGUUGACUUCACGGUGCGUUCACUGGAGAUUGAUGGCAAGAAAGUGAAGAUACAGGUGUGGGACACAGCGGGCCAAGAACGCUUCCGGACAAUAACCCAGAGUUAUUAUCGCAGUGCCCACGGCGCUAUUCUUGCCUACGAUAUGACCAGGAGGUCCACUUUUGAGUCAAUUCCUCAUUGGAUUCAUGAGAUUGAAAAAUAUGGUGCAGCUAAUCUGGUCUUGAUGUUGAUCGGGAACAAGUCGGAUGAAGCAGAGAAGCGCCAAGUCUUAUUUGAAGACGCUUGCACACUAGCAGAGAAGCAUGGCCUUCUGGCUGUAUUGGAGACAUCUGCCAAAGAGGCCCAGAAUGUUGAUGAGGUCUUCAUAUUGAUGGCUAAAGAGCUGAUGGCUAGGAAUACCUUACAGAUGCACGGGGAGAGUGGCUUUUCAGAUAACAUCCAUCUAGACACCAGGCCAGUAGUGGCCACUCAGGCUGAGAAGUCCAGCUGCUCAUGUUGAUGAGAUGUUUCAUGUAGAAGAAGCAACUGGGGGUGAUUCCUGGGACCUGUUUCAUUAUGAGAACCUUUCCACUAGCCUCAUGUUGCCACCCUGAUGUAUUUCAGCCAGGCAACGUUGGCUUAAUGUCAUCCUUCAGGAACAAAAGCCAUGCUCUGUUCCGGUGGUCAAAGCAGGUUGCAAUGGCUGAGACUGGCAGUUGCCUUUGAAGAGAAGAGCAGAAAAGUCUUUUGGAAGCCACGUGUUUAAGUGGACAGUAACUACUUUUGAUGGAAGCAGGUGGCCAUCUUCAUGCCCUAUUGGGCUUCUGUUGGUUUCCAUCACUGUCUGUGUAAAAUAAUGGUGGGUUUACUUGUUGGCUACUAUAAUCCUUCUUGUAUAUAUUUAGCUCCAGAUUGGUGGGGCUAUUUGAUGACAAUGGGCUGCUAGUGUAGUGAAGUGUUAAGUGUUAGUGAAGUGUUUAGAAAGGUCCACACCAUACAUUUAGAGUACAUCCAACAGACAUUUAACGCACACAACGUCCCCCAAAGAAUCCUGGGAACUGUGAUUUCCCCUCACAGAGCUACUCAUUCCCAGCACCCUUAAACUACAGUUCCUAUGAUUCUUUGGGGGAAAUCAUGUGCUUUAAAUGUGUGUUGGAUGUGCUUUAAAUGUAGUUGUACCAAGCAACCUGGUGCUUUUGUAGCAAUCUCAGAAACUUGAUUAAUCUAGGAAACUUGACUGGUUUUUGGCAAUUUACUUAGGAUUCUUCCUACCUCUCAUUGCCAUCAGUGACUAGUGUUUAUAAAGAUGUUUAAUGAGGGAUUUUUGCGUGCCUUUGUUUCCUUUACUCACUCCGACUGAUUACAGACCCUGUACAACCAAGUGAGUGGUUCUCGAUGGUAAAGAAUUCAGAAUUUUUAUGAAGAUGUUCAUAAAAUUGACUGGGGUUGUUACACCUGAAUUUUCCAACGAGAUGUGAUUGACUGGCUUAGAGCUUGUUAACAUAAAAUGAACAUCUCAGCAAAGUGGUUCAGGAUUAAUCAACAUAGACUUUAAAAAAAAUAAAAACAAUGUUGAAACUGCAGCCACCAAGAUGGUGACCCUUUUUAGAACAGGUACACAAACUGUUUUUCUUUCUUUUUA